AUGAUGAGGUCCUCAGCCUGGGCCGCACUCUCAUGGCGCGCCCUCAUAUUCUCACUGCUAUGGACAGCUGUGGCAGCAAAGCAGGACAAGCCGACGGUCGACGCUUCCGUCGCGAAGCAUCCUCCUCUCAACCUGAAUUACUUUGAGGAUAGUGACGUCGUUGUCUUCCAAGAUAUCGAGGAGAGAAAUAUCUGGAGGUCCGAAGACGCAGGCAAAACAUGGGCGCAAGUCCCUGACAUCCCCGACCGAAGCGCAACCUUCCUGUACCUUCACCCCUUCGAUUCCACAUCUGCUUUUGUUCUCACGAAAGAUCGGAAACACUACAAAACCGAAGACCGUGGCAAAAGCUGGAGUGAAUUCAACAGCGGUACAAUGCCGAGUGCCUUCCAACCCGAUACUCUUGUCUUCCACGCAGGUGACCCGAAGCGCAUCAUUUUCAACGGCAUGAACUGCGAUGGAAUUUUUUGCGACGAGGAAACAACAUAUACAAUUGAUGGUUUCAAGACUGUGCAGCAGCUGCGCCCCAGUACAUCAGGUUGCUGGUGGGCCAAGACAAACCGAGAGUUCACAACCGGCGAUGCCGAGCUGGACAAGACCAGAAUCCUUUGCAUCGUUACCGACCCUCUGAGUCUCUUCAAAACAAGCCAGAAGUUAUGCGUUUCGGAUAACUUCUUUGCCAAGGGUAGUGGUGGAAAAUUCGACGAAUUCGAGCCAAGUUUGGAUGGUCAACGUGAUGUAACUGGCGUCGUUAGCAUCGCAGCCGUCAAGAGCUUUAUUCUUCUUGCCUCGUCAUCCGCUGGCAGUGAUGAGAUGACUCUUUUCGUUACCAGUGAUGCUCAGUUCUGGCACCGAGCCAUGUUCCCCACGGACGACAGCCAUGACCAUUCCCACAAGAUCAACCAGGAAGCUUACACGGUCCUCGAAAGCACCAACUACAGCAUUCAAGUCGACGUGAUGACUUCUCACCCGUCCACCCCUAUGGGUGUCAUCUUCACCAGCAACUCGAACGGUACAUACUUCACAGAGAACAUCCCGUACACCAAUCGCAAUGUCAAGGGCCACGUCGAUUUCGAGAAAAUCAGCGGAAUUCAAGGUAUCUUCCUGGUCAACACGGUUGAAAACGGCAAGGAUGUUGAUGCGAAGAGCGCAAAGAAAGUUGUGGUGACACAGAUCACAUUUGACGAUGGAAGAACCUUUGAGCCAGUCAAAGCUGGACAAGACCGCAUCCACCUACAUUCAAUGACAGACAUUGACAAUAUCGGCCGCAUCUUCUCGAGCCCGGCUCCUGGUCUUGUUAUGGGCAAUGGAAACACGGGCGCCGCACUCGGCGAGUUCGAGAGUUCCAAUCUUUAUGUUUCUGACAACGCUGGCGUGUCAUGGAAAAAGGCGCUCGAAGGUCCUCAUAAAUAUGAGUUUGGCGACACAGGCGGUAUCUUGGUCGCUGCCAGAGAUUCUCUAAAGGAGGACGUCGAUAAGAUUUCCUUCUCCCUGGACUAUGGAGAAAACUGGGAGUCCGCCCCACUCCCUGAUGGCCUAAAGGUUAGGCCUGUUAUUCUGACAACUACACAAGACUCGACAAGUCUCAAGUUUCUGCUUAUUGGCGAGAAGGACAGAGCUUUUCACAUGAUCGCCAUUAACUUUGAGGGCAUGGAGAAGCGCACUUGCGAGAGUAAGGACAUGGAGUCAUGGUAUGCACGUGUUGACGACAAGGGAGCUCCAACCUGCAUCAUGGGUCACAAGCAGACAUACAACCGCCGCAAGAAAUCGGCGGAUUGCUUUCUCAAGGCCGACUUCCGUGACCCUGAACCCGUCAUCGAGAACUGCGAGUGUACCGAUGCCGACUUUGAAUGCGACUACAACUUCCAGAGAGACCCCGAUGACAACAAGGUCUGUAAGAAGGUUGGGCCAGUUCCUAUUCCAGAAGGCUCUUGUAAGGGCAAGGAUGAGACCUUCAAGGGAUCGUCCGGGUGGCGCCUUAUUCCAGGAAAUACAUGUACUCGAAAGAGUGGCGCUCAGAAGGAUGACCCAGUUGAACGCAAGUGCUCCGAUGGCGGCAGUCCCGGUGGCGGUUCGACGCCUGGUACUCCAGCCAGUGGUGAAAUUUCGCUCAAGAUCAAUGAGUUUACGGACAUCAAAGGCCAGGACAUGCAGAAAUUCUACCUCAUGGGUCUCGAAUCUGAGAGUCCUACCAGCGAAGUUGUUAUUGCUCGACCCAUUGGUGAUAAGCUACCUGGCGGUAAAGUCGAAGUGGAAAACAAGCUAUGGAUCACAGCUGAUCACGGCAAAACUUGGAAGCGCAUUCUUGAAAAGGAGAAUAUCUUGGGACUGAUUCCUCAUACAUACUUCAGGGAAGUUGUCUUCUUCCAUACAGAUUCUGAAAAAGUCAUCUAUACGAUUGACCGCGGUCAUAGUUUUCACAGCUUCAAGACGCCAUUUUCUGAUCCAGGUGCCGCGAUGAGCUUUCAUCCAGACAAGAAGGACUGGAUCAUCUGGAUCGGAAAGCGGUGUGGUGAUGUUGCGGGUAGCAAGGAUUGUUACCCUGAAGCCUCAAUCUCAACUGAUCGUGGUGACAACUGGAAGACUUUGCAACGUUACGCGACCAAGUGCGAGUUCACAGGAAACUCUGCCUUCAAAUUCCGCGCCCAGAAACAAAUUGUCUGUCUCGUUCACAAGGACGAGAACACUGACAAUCACAAAACCAUUGUCACAAUUGAGGACUUUUCUGAGGACGACAGGAUUUUCCACAACGGUACGGUUGCGGCGUUUGCAACUAUGAAUGAGUUUAUCCUCGCCACGGAUGAGGUUAUUGAAGAUGGCAAAGAGAGCGCCGGCCUGCAAGCCAUUGCUAGUAUGGACGGAAAACAUUUCGAAGCAGCCCAAUUUCCACGCAACUUUCACGAUUCACACUCAUCAUUGUACACUGUUCUUGACAGCUCUAACCACGCCGUCAACCUAUUUGUCGCCACUGAUCUUUCCGAAGGCCGACGACGCGGCUCAAUAAUCAAGAGUAAUUCUAAUGGUACAACAUAUGUUCUCAGCGCACCCAACGUCAACUCCGACGAACUAGGUUACGUGGACUUUGAAAAGGUCGCGGGUCUUGAGGGCGUCACCCUUAUCAAUUCUGUUUCGAACCCCGAUGACAAGAACGGAAAGAAGGUGAUUCAGACAAAGAUUUCGCACAACGACGGUGCCGAAUGGGGUUUCCUCCCCCCUCCAUCAAAGGGUGCAGAUGGCAAAUCUUAUUCAUGCAGCUCCUCAGGUGAUAGGCAAUGCGCUCUCCAUCUACACCACUACACAGAGCGAGAGAAUAAGGGCAGAACUUUCUCAGCAAGCACCGCUGUUGGCCUGAUCUUCGGCUAUGGAAACGUUGGACCAAGCCUUGGAGAUGUCAAGGAGGCCGAUACAUUCAUGUCCGCUGAUGGCGGAAUCAACUGGAAGAGCGUUAAGAAGGGUGUAUGGACGUGGCAAUAUGGUGACCAGGGUUCGAUCAUUGUACUCGCACAGCGUGCUACCCUCGCGAACAAGAUCAAGUCAAAUAUUGUCUCUUACUCAACAGACGAGGGCAAUACUUGGACGGACUACAAGUUCACCGACAAGGAAGUGACUAUUCAAGACUUGACAUCUGUCCAUAGUGGAACUUCCCGAAACUUUUUGGUGUGGUACCAGACAGAUGAUAAGAAACUCUUCGCUGCCAACCUCGAUUUUACAGGACUCACAAAUCAGCCCUGCAAGUACUCCGAUGAUUCUUCUUCAGAUUACGAUCUCUGGUCCCCUAAACAUCCCCUUCAAAACGAUGACUGCCUUUUCGGACAUAAGGCCAAGUAUCUGCGAAAGAAGACGGAUCGCAAGUGCUACAAUCAAGCAAGCAUGUCACGAUUGCGAGAAUAUGAAAACUGCGAGUGUACCAGGCGAGAUUUUGAAUGUGCAUAUAACUUCGAACUAGACAAUCAUGGACAAUGCACUCUGGUUCCAGAUCAUGAUGCCCUCUCGGGCGAGGAGUGGUGUAAGCAACAUCCCAACGAGACAUCCUACUUCGACCCUACAGGUUAUCGCCGCAUCCCCUUGACCACCUGCGAAGGUGGCCAAGAGCUGGAUAAGACCUCCACAGAGCACGCCUGUGCAGGACACGAGGAGGAUUUUGCACGCAAGCCCGCUUUUGGCUGGUAUGCUUGGCGCAACUGGAGCGGCAAAUUUGGACAGAUCCGACUGGGUGAUAACAGUGCCACCUUUGACAGCGAGCAACCUUGGAUCAAGUAUCCCGUCAUUGCUAUCUCAGCACUGGCAGCUGUUGUUGCUGCUCUACCACUAGUCUUGACCUCCAUAUGGCGAUCCGCCACUGGAGUCUACGAGCGUGUAUCAAACCGAAGUAGGGGAGGCAAUUGGUCAAGACGGUAUACCACACGCGAUAGCUUCGCCCGAGGACGGGGUGACUAUUCCAUGGUCGACGAUGACGAGGGUGAGCUACUCGGUGAGGAGAGCGACGAAGAGGUUUGA